AUGACUGAUGAGCCCUAUGAUUUGCUUGCUGAUUGGGAAGAGAUGCGUCAGCGGCAUGCGCAGGAAUGUUUCGCCUUCGUUCGCAUUCAUCAGGAGCGUUGUUUGAAGAUGUACGAUGAAGAGGUUUCUUGUGAAGCUCUUCAGCGCAAACUUGGGGACAAGGUUGUCGCGUGGUUGGCUCAGCAUGGUUACAACGACGCUGGGAUCGUGGAAAGCAUGGUGCACAAAUCCAAGCAGUUCGUUGAUAGUUUGGUUCGUUUGGAACGUCCCAAAGUUCAGAAUCGCAUUGACAAGGACAAGGAGUUGAAACAAAAACGCGACCAAGCCUUGUUGGAUGCCACGUGUAAGUGGGAGAGUUUGGAUGUGAAGGAUGUGCUUUCCCCUGCUCUGCUCGAGUUAGCAAGAGAAACAUCGCAUCAAGAUUACUUCAAGUGCAGUGCGGUUGCCAACUCCGAAGCGAAAGCCCAAGCCGUCACCGCGGCGGGGACGUGCGACGGACAGAUCUCCCUCGAGGCUUCGUCCUACGUCUAUUCUCAAGGGGAGCCGUUCACCUUCCAAGUCGCGAGCCUCGUCACGUACGGAAGAGUUCACAACUUGGUCCCGACAUGUGUUUUGGAAAUUCCACAAUUUGUUCUAUUGCAUGUUUCCAAGGGUGGCAAGUUCAUCCCCACUGGUCGUCGCACUACGUCGCAAGCCUUGUCAACUCAUCUGCCUAUGUUCCAUCGCCAGCUUCUGCUUCGCAAGAUGUUCCCAGCUGAUGCCGCGAAACGUGUAUCUCGUUGCCGAGUCUCCUCUUCCUGGCAGCCGGCUGGAGAUAGUCGUAUUGAUGCAUUUUUUCGGCUUCUUCGAGAUGAUCUGGCUGAGUUUGAGGCGUCAGAUGUACAUUCCAACCUCUCUUGGAUGGAUCGUAAAGCGCAGAUGUGGUUGAAGCAACACCGUGACAUUGUUUGUGUGGUUGACUGUGACAAAGGCUUGGGGGAAGCCAUCGUUCUCCGUUCUUGGGUGAAUGAACAAGUUGCCCUUCAGCUUUCGCAUGGCUAUGUACAGUUGAACCCGGCUGAGCUUCACUUGAAGAUGAAUGGCUGCAAGCAGAGGGCUGAUGUCCUUGUGCAGUUUUUUCAUUCAUCAGGCGUGUUAUCAUCACAGCAAGCACGCUUCCUUUUGAGUAAGUUGAAUUCUUCUUCUGCCGGUUGUUUCAGAAUUCUGGCGAAAGUACACAAGCACCCUGUUGCUUCGAGGCCGGUGUGCAAUGUUCGCUGCAUGUGGUUUGGUCCUUUCAACUCAUUUCUUGUUGAGCAGUUGAAUCCUGUCGUGAAUGCGUUGCAUACAGUCGUCACUUCAACUGACAGCUUGCUGCAUGAGCUUGGUGGUUUGAGUUGCAAGCCGGGCUACAGAUUCGUGACGUUGGAUGUGGUAAAUCUUUACCCGUCUAUUGACAGGCAGCAUCUUUUUCAAACGAUUGUCCCUUGCUUGAGGCGCCACAUUCCAAGUCAUCAGAAAUGUACAUUCAUUAUCCGAGCGCUGGAGCUCGUAAUGGAUGCUUGCGUGGUGUCGUUCAAUGGGAAGGUUUACGAAUCACAAGAUGGUGUUGCCACUGGUUUGGGUGUUGCAGGUCAAGUCGCUAACAUCUACCUUUCAAGCCUCGAUAACUUCUUGAUGCAAUCUUGUGACAAUUGCUUGCAGUUCUUGCGGCGGUACAUUGAUGACCUCCUUCUUUUGUGGAGUGGUUCCGCGCUGGAAUUAUCUGCCAUUGCAAACAGCUGGCAUCCUUCAUUGAAGUUUGAUUUGUCAGGUGAUGGAAAUGUUCAUUUUCUUGACGUGGCCUUGCACAUUGAGCAAAACAAGUCAGUUUCUUGGUCUAUGUUUGAGAAACCUCAGAACUUGCAUUUAUAUGUACCUGCCAACAGCUGUCAUCCGGACAGCGUCUUUCACAGCCUUCAAAUUGGAGGGUUUUGGAGAUGUUUGCGCAGGAAUUCUUCCGCCGUUGAUGUGAAACGCAGUUUGGCUGCUUUCAAGUUGCGUCUGCGGGAUCGUGGGUUCAGCAUUGCGGCCUUCGAGCGCAUCGUCAAGCGGUAUCAAGACAGGAUUGCAGCGAAGCAGCGUGACAGAAACAUGGUCCGUCAAGUUUUCUUGAAGGUUCCUUUCAACAAGGAUAUCAAUGUGCGCUGGUUGCAUCGGCAAAUUUACAAGCAUUAUGCCCUCGUACGUCAAGCAGUUCCGAACAUACGCAUUGGGCUGUGUUGGUCCACGGGCAU